AUGUCCUCUGACACGACUAAGCUGAUCGAGACGGAAUCCGUUAAGAGAUUCGCGUUUUUUGGCGUCACCAUCUCAACCGUCGCCACUCUUACCGCUAUCAUUGCUGUCCCGAUGCUUUGUCUAUACAUGCAGCAUAUCCAGUCCGGAUUGCAGGAUGAACUCAAUUUUUGCCGUUCACGAGGAGAAAGUGUGAAAGCGGAGUUCCACAAGCUUACUCGAUUUCAGCUCACCUCCAUUCGCCAAGCAGUACGGAUCAGUCGCGGGAAGCGCGCAGCAGAUUCUUGCUGCUCCUGCGGAACUGGGGCUCCAGGAGCACCUGGAGCUCCAGGAGAAGACGGUAAUCCUGGUACGCCAGGAGCGGACGCACCAGCUGGAGAAAUCAAUCCCAAACCAGAAGAUUUUUGUUUCGAUUGCGAACCGUCUCCGCCUGGACCUCCUGGCCCACCAGGACUCAAAGGACCAGAUGGGAUGCCUGGAGCACCGGGUGAACAUGGACACCAGGGCGGACUGGUCUUCGAGGAGCUCCUGGACCCACAAGGACCACCAGGAAAUCCAGGAAGUGAUGGACAACCAGGUUCUCCUGGGCAGCCUGGCCAGGUUCGAACAGUACCGUCACCCCAAGGAGAACCUGGCCCACCGGGAGAGCCAGGCCCUCAGGGACCACCCGGACCCGAUGGCCAUCCAGGAAAUCCUGGCCGAGCAGGAGCACCAGGACCUCAAGGAGACAACGGACCCGAUGGACUACCAGGCAAAAACGGAGAAGAUGGAGCAGCUGGCGAACCUGGAAAGGAUGGCACUCCUGGCUCUUGCGAUCACUGCCCAAUUCCUCGAACUGCACCCGGCUACUAA